AUGUCGGUUGACAACUUUAAAACCAAUAUCUAUGAAUACCUCGAAACAUUACCGACUUUUACAUUUCUACGAUUAUUUGAAAAGCCAGCAACAUGUCUUGCCAUCUUUAGAUUGCUUCCAAGUAUAGGUCGACAAAUUGUAAUGUCAUUUUUAUAUGUUGAGGCCGAUAUUCCAGUACAAGAUGUCAACGAUUGGGUCAACAAGGAUGGUGAAAGAAUGCUACCAGAAGCUUUACACAAGCUAUCUCGGCUACGUAUCAUGGAUCGUCACAAUAAUACAUUAAUGAUGAACGGGACGUUCCGACAAGAAUUCAAAAAUGCAUUGACGGGCGGAGGUACACAGCAAUCCUUUGGUUUACCUUGCUCUACGCCCGAUAAACAUUCUGUUGAUAUUCCGUUCCUGGAUCAAUACGCGACGCAACAAUGGGAAUCGAUUUUGCAUUACAUGGUCGGCACGUCAUCAAGCAAAAAACCCAGUCGUGGUGUACUGAAUCUUCUCGAACGCAGUCAAUUGAUGCAAUACGGCUCGGAUGAUCCAGGAACAUUGCAGAUCACAAACAAGGGAUUCCAGUUUCUGCUACAGGAUGUGAAUACACAAGUCUGGGCGUUCUUACUACAGUAUCUUAAUAUGGCUGAGGUUUUACAAAUGGAUCUUGUUGAAGUAUUGAACUUCCUUUUCCAAUUGGGCUCAUUAGAGCUUGGUGAGAAUUACUCGGUAGAAACAUUGACUCAAACACAACAACAAAUGUUAGAGGAUUUGCGGGACUAUGGAAUUGUAUACCAAAGAAAGCGAGGAUCGCGUCGUUAUUAUCCUACGCGUCUAGCUACUACCUUGACAUCGGGUAGCUUGGCCAUCACGGGUGCUGCAUUAAGAAAUGUAACUGCAGGUGAUACCAGCAAAGCGCCUGCGGCUGGUGGGGAGCAAGGUUUUGUUAUUCUCGAAACCAAUUACAGAAUAUAUGCAUACACAGAGUCGCCACUACAAAUUGCUGUAUUGAAUUUAUUCGUCCAGCUGCAAUCCCGUUUCAGGAACAUGGUGGCAGGUGUUAUUACACGUGACAGUGUUAAAAACGCUCUGAUUAAAGGCAUCACUGCGCGCCAGAUCAUAUCCUAUUUAGAAACCCAUGCCCAUCCACAAAUGCGGAAAAAUACACCUAUAUUGCCACUUACAGUGGUGGAUCAAAUCCAGUUAUGGGAGAUGGAACGGUGUCGCUUAAAAACAACUUCAGCCUACCUAUACCACGAAUUCAACAUGCAAGCCGAUUUUGAUGCUGCGGAGAAAUAUGCAAAGGAUAUUGACGUGCUGCUAUGGUCUAAUCCAAAGAAGCGAACCAUGGCGAUUACUCAAAGUGGACAUGACCAAGUGAAAGGUUUUGUGAAACGGCGCUUGCAAACUCCUAGGCAGUAA